ACUGAUCCUCCCGUUUCAACCCGUUCCCGGGUUCCCCGCUUCCGCAACUCUCCGCCUAGAAGACAACUCCUCACAUUCCCUUUCAAGUUCUAAGAGCCUCGGCGGGGAUGGAUAGGCAAUCCAACUAUACACACACACACACAUCUUUCCUAGCCGGCCAAGUCGAUGAGUUUGCUUUUGCUUCUAUAGUCGAUCUGUUGGCUUCGUGUAAGUGACACCCUUUCUUGUUGGCGAUCGCCUUAUUGUAUCAACUAUUAUUAUAUUAUUAAAUAUUGUGUCAAUCCUCCGGACAUUGGCAACAUCUUUCGUAUCUUCAACAUUGCAAUUAUCGCACAUCUGCCAUCGCUGCUGACGCGUGUGCUUCUGCAGCGGACGGUAUAUGAUGCUCCUGUUGCUUACGACUCAAUCAAUAUGUUAACCCGCACCGUUUGUCAACCGCCGUUCAAAGCGAGGUCUCUUCAGACCAGAGCUGUGGCCUAUGGCGCUCUACGACCUAUUGGCAACUCACUGUUAAGGACCGGAAUGAGCCAGCAGAUCCGUAGCUAUCGCUUUGGCAUGUGGUCUUCCUACCUUGACCCUGAGUUCCAGAAAGAGAUUCGACAUCGCCAACGUGUGCUUAAGCAUAAAUAUGUCGAAGCACUUCAUAGAAAGUUAUCGUGGGACCAGCGCUCCAUCGAUGGUCCCCCAAAAGUCGUUUUAAAGCAUAUGCUUCGUAGGUAUUGGAGUCCAACCGGGCCAAGAUGCGGCUCGCGGUUUGUCAACCAAGACGAAUUGAACGAUCGGCAACAACAGAGUCGAGUAACCCCAGACACUGAAAAUGUACGCAUGAAAACAUCAUGGGGUCCUAAUUCAUAUGCCUCUUGGAUGAGUCAUUACGGCGAUUACGUGCGAUAUUCGUCUACCCGUUCGUGGAAGUCUCGACUAGAUGAUGCGAUGGACCAUUGGGGUGGCAAAGCCUCAAAACACACGGCCCAGGCAGAGUCUCAUGUGUAUCCGUCAGAGUCGGCGAGUGUUAAACAUAACCUAACUAAGGAACAAGAACAUGCUUUUGGUGUAUCGUCUAGUGAAGAGUAUACUAUUGAUCCGAUUACGAUGCGUAAAAUCCCAAGGACAUUCGACGGACAAGCUACUGAUACGACGUCAUCCCCCGCCAAUUCCUUCAAAUCAUAUAGGGCUCAGUUCUCUGCAUUUGCGCCACCCAAAGAUGGAGAAAAUCCAGGUCCUACUCAUUCCGACGGCCCACCUUCUUCUACAGAGCUCAAAGAGUAUGAUAAAAUCAAAAUUGACGAUGUACCAUCUCAUGGUGCCAGCGGUGGUCACGACGGAAUACAGGCGUUGGGUGAUAACGUAGAAUCCCCCCGAUAUCCCGUGAUGCAAAGCGAAGAGUACGCCCUAAAUCAUCUCCCGCCCGAGGAGCCAGACGAGCAGUAUGAUGACUUUCAUAGAUACCAAGCAUAUCAGCGCGACGAACUCGACGAACGGACCCCAGAACCAACUAAGAACUAUGAAGAUCUCGAUAAGUACAAGACGUACGGGGCCAAAGAGGCAGAAAAUGCCAGUGCAGAGGCAUCCCAGGACUACAAAGACCUACAUGAGUACAAGCCCUACAUUCAUAAUGAAAAUACAGACACCGAAAAGCAUACAGAACGUUAUGAUGACCUGGGCCACUAUGGACCAUAUAAGUAUCAAGAAGGUGCGGCAAGAGACAUUCCAUCCACUGAAUAUGAUGAUCUCCAUAAGUACAAGCACUAUAAAGAAGACAGUGUCAAACCAGUGGACGACUCGGCACCCAAGUACGACGACUUGAAUAAGUACGAUCCAAAAACCUUUCCGGACUCUGCGCCGGAGGAGCAACCUUUCCAGCAAUAUGGAGACCUCGAACAGUACAGAAUUUUCAAGUCUCAAGAACUCGACAAUGCGGUCACCCUAGAGCGAGACAUUGUUGCAGACUCUCUCUCGGAAUUCGACGCAAAAGCGCCAGAACCAACCUUGGAUAAGAACCCAACAUCGAGUAUAUUGGAUGGGCUUCAAAAGCUUGACCUCAACGACGUAUCGCAGUUCUCGACCGCACAAGAGGGUCAUCAACGUUCAGCUACGGAAACCGAAUCUCGACCAAGUCAACCGAGAUUGACUGGUAAUUAUCUUCGUGAUUUCCCGGAAGAUUUUUCGGGAUCAUGGAGUACCCCGGACGGAAAGACAGCGUAUAUUCAGGAGGCCGAGAAGCAAUAUUCAGAUGAGCUUUCCGAGUCUACAAACUCCAAACCGUUGGAGACGAGCUUGGAUAGGCAGCAGACUGAACCGAAGCUGGAAGCGGGUCUCAACCAGCCAGAGGUAAGGUCUACGAGACGCAUGUUUGAUCAUUAUAGAGCGCAGGCCGAAGUUGACCCGUACUCUAAAGAACCACAGGGAUUGGAAACGUCGUAUACCAGGGAAUGUGUUGGGGAACAAACACCAUUAACCUUCGCCAAAACGUACGGUGGCGACUCGAGGGAAGCAGUGCUGGAGUCCUUAUCAGCGGAAGAUGCUAGUCAAAAGAUUCUUGACCUUAAGCCGCUAUAUUUCAGAGACCCCGAGGUCGACGGACGACCGCCAAUUUCAUCGUCCGAAUCUGAUACCAUGCCCGAACCGAACCGAACUACCGAGCCGACGGUGUAUAGGAUUCUAGCCUAUGACCCAACCAUGCAAAAGAUCAACGUCGCCGAAACCACCUCAGUUGUACCUGAUCAAGCAUCUCCAUUGUCACCAGCAGAAGUGCUUCUCCGCCUAUCAAACCCGACAAAAUUCUUUCCACACUUCGCACCCUUACAAGCCGAAGGCUUCGAAAUCGUAUCUGGCAGUGGAGAUGUGCUAGUCUUUCGUCAAGUUCGACCGCUCAAAAUAACAAGUCAUGGGGGCGCGUCACCGGUUAACCCCAUAGAUAUGAUGGGGAAGCCAGCAGCCUUGCCAAAUGCGGCCGCAUUUGUUUCGCCUACAGGAUUUGUUAAUUACGAUGUACCACAGGCUGAAGAGGAAACCCAAGCGCCUGCUUUCCGUUCUAAUAUCGACGUUAGAAGAGAAGAGCCUGUGUUCAGCGGGCCCAAAUCAACAGCCCGCGAGGAAGCACGGACUCAUCCGAAGGAUGGCGUUGGCAAACGAGUGCUAAUAGGUGGUGCUUGGGUAGCCGGAAUUUCGUACGCUCUUGGUGUCGUUAGCGAAUAUUUCAUAACCGGCGGUACUGACGGUCGGGGGCCAACUGGCUUCUGAUUGAUCAUACGUUUAUGGGAGAUUAUCAUUUUGUCUUACGAGAAUGCUAAGGCGCGGGAUGAACAACACGACAUACUGGAGUAUGGGGAGUUUGUAUAGCAUUAUGGUGGUGGGCAUGGGUGCUUGGUUUUGGAACUGGGUUUGGGUCUCUGAGGAUGCUUCAAGGUAUCAAUAGGUAUUCCAAUCAUUGUUAAACCCCCUGUUUGGUUGUAUAGUAGUCUUGGUCGGCGCAUAACUACCCCUUCUCCAUCAUGUAUACUUUAACCAACGCUCCCUAAGUUGGAUCUGGCGUUACCUCUUCAAUCUACAAGUAUUUCAUAUAUCAAAUCAAUGUGUGCGAAUCAUGAUAGCUCCGGGUGACGGGA